AUGGCACCAAAAAAGAAAGGUGGCAAGAAGAAAAAGAAAGCAUCGAAAGGACCAACCAUCAUCGAUGGCCGUCCAGCUUCUGAGAUGACAAAAGAAGAGUUAGAAGAACAUUUAGGUCGAAUACGUGAAGAAUUAGAUCGCGAACGUGAAGAACGUAAUUAUUUUCAACUUGAGCGUGAUCGUAUAAGCACAUUUUGGGAAAUAACCAAACGACAACUCGAUGAAAAAAAAGCUGAAUUAAGAAAUAAAGAUCGAGAAUUAGAAGAUGCCGAAGAACAACAUCAAGCUGAAAUUAAAGUUUAUAAACAAAAAGUAAAACAUUUACUUUAUGAACAACAAAAUAAUAUCUCAGAAUUAAAAGCUGAAACUCUAGCUGAAUUAAAAGUUGCACAAGAAACUCAUAAUGAAACAGAAAAUUCAACAUGGAAAGAAAAACGUGAACUUAAAGUUCAGAUGAAAGAUCAAGAAUUAGCUCAACAAGAAGUUGUACGAAAUUUGAAAAAGACAAAUGAAACAUAUAUUUCCAAAUUACGUGAUGAUUUUCUUCGACAAGCUCGUGAAAUUGAAGAAAAAUACGAGAAAAAAUUACGUGAUCUUCGUGAAGAAAUGGAAUUACGUCGUAAAACAGAAAUUCAUGAAAUUGAAGAACGAAAAAAUCAACAGAUCAACGAUCUUUUACGUAAUCAUGAAAAAGCUUUUAGUGAUAUUAAAAAUUAUUAUAAUGAUAUUACAUUAAAUAAUCU